GUUGGUUAUCGAAAAAAAAGGGAAGUGCGUGCGAGAGCAGACGGGACGGGGACUCGAGCGGCGCCGCCACCGGCGCGCACCUGACCAGGUCGAGCCGACGAGGGCUCCUGGGCGUGAGCGGUGAGCAGCGGAGCACCCACCGGUGGAUUGGAACUGGGGCAGCGCCGGUGCGCACCUACCCAGAUCGAGGCGACGAGGGUUUCUGGCGUUGAGCGGCGGAGCACCCGUCGGGGGAUUGGGGACUCGAACGGCGCCUGCGCGCACCUAACCAAGCCGAGUCGACGAGGGGUCCUGGGCAUUGGGCCGAGCAGCGGCGGACUGGACAUCGCUGCGAGCGGCGGCGAUCAUCGGAGCAGCUACGCUCAGGAGUCCUCUGUUUUCUGAAAAAAAAGGUUAUGGAUUUCGACAGGGCCAUGGCAAGCAUGGCAAGGAGUGCAGCCUUCGAUCGGUCGGGAGCCUCUGUGCCGCGCUCGGGCGGAAACCUGUCUAGCGACACCAAAGCCGUCCUCUGCCUUGGGGCAGCCGCUGCUGUGGGCUCGGCAGCGUGGAGGUACUACCAACGCCGUGCGUGCCUGCUGAAGUUCGGCCGGGACAUGACGGCAUCGGCUGGAAAAACCGAUCCGGUGAUCGGCCGCGACGACGAGAUUGACCGUGUCGUCUCCAUCCUCUGCCGCCGGACCAAGAACUGCGUCGCGCUCGUCGGCGCUGCAGGGGUAGGCAAGACGGCCGUCGCCGAGGCCCUCGCCCAACGCAUUGCCGCCAGGAUGGUCCCCGACGUUCUUGCCGGCGCGCGCGUCAUUGAGCUCGACGUCGGAGCAUUGGUGGCUGGGACCAAGUGGCGUGGCUCCUUCGAGAGACGCAUGAAGGAUGUGAUAAAGCAGGUGGAGGCCGCGGACGGCAAGGUGAUUCUGUUCAUCGACGAGAUGCACAUGCUUCUUGGUGCCGGGCGCUCCAGGAAGAGUGCCAACGAUGCUGCCAACAUGCUGAAGCCAGCAUUGGCCCGUGGCCGUAUCCGCUGCGUGGGUGCCACAACUUUCGAUGAGUACCGUAAGUACAUCGAGAAGGAUGCCGCACUGGAGCGGCGGUUCCAAAAGGUGCAGGUCGAGGAGCCGAGCAUGGACACAACCAUUGAGAUUCUGCAGGCGCUAAAGAAGCGGCACGAACGGCACCAUGGCUUGGAAAUCCAGGAUGCAGCUCUUGUUGCUGCUGCACAGCUUGCUGGCCGCUAUAUCACCGGUCGUCAGUUUCCUGACAAGGCAAUUGAUCUAAUUGACGAGGCAUGCGCCACUGCAAGCAAAAAGAUGAGGCAGAUUAACCGCCAAAAGGCGGAAGUGAACACUAAAAAAAGUAGCUCUGCAAAUGCAAGGAAGGAAGCAAUUAUCACCCCAGAUCAUGUCGCACAAGUUGUGAGCCGAUGGACUGGAAUUCCCGUCACCGCACUUAAUCAAGAGGAGAAGGAUAAGUUAAUCUGCCUAGCGGACAGACUGCAUGAGCGAGUUGUUGGCCAGGAUGAAGCCGUCAACCUAGUUGCAGAUGCAGUGUUACGUUCUAGAGCUGGCCUUGAUCAUCCUGGCCAGCCCAUAGGCUCUUUCCUCUUCUUGGGCUCAACUGGUGUUGGAAAGACAGAACUCGCAAAAGCUCUUGCCGAGCAGCUAUUUGAUAGCGAGAAGAUGUUGGUUCGCUUUGACAUGUCUGAAUAUGUCGGGAGUAGUUCUGUGUUGCGUCUCGUUGGAGCACCUCCAAGCUAUCGUGGCCAUGAGGAUGGUGGACAACUGACUGAGAAAGUUAGGAGGAACCCGUACAGUGUCAUCCUUUUUGAUGAGGUGGAGAAGGCAGAUCCCUCGGUGUUCAAUAUUUUUCUUCAAAUCCUUGAUGAUGGCAGGUUGACUGAUGGCAGAGGCCAGACUGUAGAUUUCAAGAAUACCAUCAUCAUCAUGACCUCAAAUCUUGGAUCUGAUUACCUAAUAUCAAAGACGGCUAGAAAAAACACAACCGAAUCUACACGGGAACUUCUCAUGGAACAGGUUUGCAAGCACUUCAAGCCUGAGCUUCUGAACAGACUGAGUGAGAUCGUUAUAUUUGAGCCGCUUUCGCACGACAAACUGAAGGAGAUAAUGAAAAUCCAGAUGAAGAGCAUUAUGGCCAGAGUAGCUACCAAGGGCAUCUCUCUUUCUGUUAGUGAUGCCGCGUUGGACACCAUCUUAUCGGAAUCAUACAACCCAACCUACGGUGCAAGACCCAUAAGAAGGUGGAUGCAAAAGAAUGUGAUGACAACGCUUUCCAAGAUGUUGGUCAAGGGAGAAGCCAGUGAAGGCUCAACAAUCUGCAUUGAAGUUACUGACGACAAGAAGGGUUUGAAGUAUCAAGUGGUGAAGAAGGAGGUGAGCCUAGACCAGCGCGGACUUAGCUAGCUCUAAAACACAUGGAGCUUGGAACACUGAUAAUAAGUUUGUCAAAUUUUCAAGGAGUUUAUGAACAAUCACCAUAUCCAUAUUUAUUCAGGAGAGAACUCACUUAGGCUAUUGAACCUGUAAAUACAGUUGAGGCUAGUCAUGAAACUUAAUGUUAGUUCCGUGGUAAAGAAGAAUACGUUGAUCACCUGUUCUUGCAACUAGUGGGGCCCCACUAUCAGUGACACAUUUAGUUAACAGAUUAACUUAAUUAGCAGAGUACGAUCGGUAUGCUCUGAGUUCUGUCACAAGAUGGCUUUUCAUUACUCGAAGCAGUUGUUUGCAAUAUAUUAGAAGAAGGAAAACCCCUAUUUUCCAUGACUCUGGUGUUAGUUAUCACCAACUUCAUAUGUUGACCUUUCUGUGACCUUUGUGCCUCUCCAAUCAGUCAGUCAGAGUCUUUUGUAUAUAUAUGGGUUUAGUUUUGUGUCUUCUUAAGUACUCCCUCUGUAAACUAAUAUAAGAGCGUUUAGAUCACUAAAAUAGUGAUCUAAACACUCUUAUAGUUUACGGAGGGAGUACUCUGUAGUUAAGGCAUGCUAAAGUUAGUUUAUCGCUAGGAUGCACGCUGUUAAGUGAAGCACAAUGUCUGACAGGGUCUAUGUUGUUUAGCUGAAGCGCUUGUGCUCCCUGUAAUAUCCCUGCAUAUAGUAAAUCUAUCCAAGGAGCUGUUGUUCUGUAUUGUUCAGUUGCUUUGUUCAUGGAGUCAGAAUGUCA